AUGGGAGACCAUCCAGAUCGCCAUUGUGUUGGGCAGAACCAGAUGAGCAUGUCACUAUUGGACCCUAGAUUAUCACUAGUACCACUGAAAAAGAUUAAGGGAAUCCAAGAAAGACUUAAGGUUGUUCAAAGUCGUCAGAAAAGCUAUGCCGAUCUCCAUCGACGGGAAGUUGAGUUUGAUGUUGGUAAUUAUGUCUUCUUGAAAGUUACUCCUAUGCGUGGUGUAACGAGAUUUGGGGUGAAGGGUAAGCUAGCCCCGAGGUGUAUUGGACCUUUUGAGGUUAUCGAGAGGAUUGGGGAGGUCGCUUACCGAUUAAACUUACCAGGACAAUUGGGACAUGUUCAUAAUGUGUUCCAUGUGUCUAUGUUAAGGAAGUAUACUCUAGAUCCGUCACAUGUUAUUGAGUAUGAGGCUAUCCCUCUUCAGGAAGAUGUGACUUAUGAAGAAGAACCUGUCAAAAUCUUGGUGAGAGAGCUAAAAGUGUUAAGGAACAGAGAGAUUCCAGUAGUCAAGGUCUUAUGGAAAAACCACAGGGAAGACGAGGCUACUUGGGAGAUAGAGUCCGAGAUGUAUGUGAAGUAUCCUCACUUGUUUAAUUUUCAACUUGAGGUUGUACUUUAA